GACCUGAAGAAGACUGUGCUCUUGAACUCUGUGUGGUAUUCUUUUGUUUAGACAUUUUCACACCUUGCUAUUGUUCGAGAUUUGAACAUGAGUGUAACAACUGAGGCAGUGGCAGAAACAGCUGAUCUCAGUGGCAGUGGCGCUGGCAGUCUCAGCUGUGCCAGUGGCAGUGGAGAAUCAACGAUGCUCAAAGUCGGGUUCCUAGGUGGCGGGCGGAUGGCGCAUGCGCUCGCCAAGGGAUUCAUUUCUGCAGGAUUGACUAAGGGGGAGAGCAUCAUAGCCAGCUGUCACCCAGCCGAUGUUGUUCUGGCUGAAGCUUUCAAGAGUCUGGGAAGCACAGUCACUUACAACAACCCUGAGGUGGCUCAGAAAAGUGACGUAAUCAUCAUCUCUACCAAACCCAGCGUAGUUCCCAUGGUGCUGGCGGAGGCCAAGCCUAACAUCACGCCCAAGAAUCUGCUCAUCUCAGUGGCCAUGGGGAUCACGCUCAAGCAGCUUGAGUCGUUACUUCCACCAAAGACCCGAGUGGUCCGUGCGAUGCCCAAUACACCAGCACUGGUCAAGCAGGGAGCGUCCGUGUUUGUGUGUGGCUCAGCAGCCUCCAAGGACGAUGCGGUCCUCACCAAGAAGCUGUUUGAAGCUGUCGGCAUCUGUGAGCAAGUGCCGGAGUAUCUGUUGGAUGCUGUCACAGGGUUAAGCGGCUCCGGACCAGCUUAUAUCUACGUGCUGAUAGAGGCGAUGGCUGAUGGGGCAGUACGCAUGGGUAUUCCCCGGGACCUGGCCUACAGACUGGCUGCCCAGACAGUGGUCGGAGCUGGAAGGAUGGUGCUGGAAACAAAGGAACAUCCCGGAGUGCUUAAAGACAACGUUACCUCACCUGCGGGUUCAACGGCUGCCGCUUUAUACCACUUGGAGAAAUCUGGUUUCCGAUCUGCAGUGAUUGGUGCUCUCGAGGCCGCUACACUCAAGAGUAAAGAAAUUUCAAAGACUAUAGCAAAUUAGUCAAUGGUCAAUAAGUUGUCUGAAAAAACUAGUCCACAAACAUCUGUUUGUUUUAGAAAUACUUUAGGUUAGACACAUUUGGUUUUUAUAGAUACUAAUGUGAUUUUAUACGUUACUAUGUAGAGUCAACUACAUAUAUUUUACAUACUGUGUAUGUGUUGUGAAUUAGAUAAAUUGUUUUUACCUGGCAAUUUGUUUGUAAAACAUACUUAUGUAUUCUAUUUUAACUCUACGGACAAUAAAUAUUAUAUUGCUUUUAUCCAACAAUUUUGUAGAUGUGAACAAUUUAUUUGUAAAUAAAAUAUACUACGUA